AUGGGAGUCACAAUGUGUCGCUACUGGUUAGAGCAAUUCGCAGGCCAUAUUUGUGCUGCCUACACUUAGCCGAAGUGAACAUUCGGUUCCGUACAGGUCAUUUAUUGAUCUGAAGAAAUUACCCAGGGAAAAAGAGUGCGAAGGGUUAAGGCUCUGCCGACCAUAAAUACACUUCAACAAACUUAAGCUUAUAGGGACACUUAGGCAUUGUAAUGUGAUGUGUAUGUGACAUGUUUGACACUACUGGAUUGCCAACAAACGGAUUCCGAUUAUGCACGGUAUUUCACUUCCUAAAGUUUCAACAAACCUGUGACGUCAAGAUUUACUGAAGUAUAUAAGAAGAGGAUUAUACAUACUUGAACGUGCGUACCUAGUGACAACGAUGUUGUUUGGGACGCUCACAUGUAGUGACAUGCAUUUGGAAAUGACAUCUUCUGAUGUUCUCAGAGCUUUUUGACUGACAACUGAAGUAUGGAUAUGAUGUUCAUUCUACAUAUUUUGAGUGUGAUUGGUGUUGGAAAUUUGUUGUCUUGGAGAUGUACCGGUGAGAAAAUAUUCAUGGAAUACUUUGUGAAGGCGCAAUGUCAGGCAAGGUGCAACAGAUUGUUUGGGCAGCAGCCAAGACUCGCAGCAACAGAAUUCUUUGAUGUCUAUCCAUCUUACAUCUGUAUUGACAGUCCUUUCAAAUGCAGUCAGUGUUCACUGCCAUGUGUUUUUCUUCACAAUGACGUGUCAUCCUGCCUUAACAUUUGUAAGACCAGUAUCUGUGAUUCCAGUUGUGAGUUCUUCUACCAAAAGCUAAAGGAAAGGAAAGGAAAGGAAAACAUGAUUGACACUCAUAUUGCUCGCAGUGGUCUUUAUCUGGUGGAUCCAGUGAUCACAUGUACAUAUUCUGCUAAAGGUCCUCCAGGGAGGAAGGAUGUGUAUGUUUCAUACUUGAGGUGGAAUGUUAAAGAUAGAGACAGCAAUACCUCAACAACGAUACCUCUGUGUUUUCUUGUGUCCAUGCAGAUCACCACUGCAAGUGGUGACCUCUCACCUUGGAGACUGUUGGGAAAGACAAACUUCAGCUUCAUUCCUGCCACCAAACUCAGUGCAGGAUUGCAGUUCCGCUUCAGUGUGACUGCUGUGGCAGAAAAUGGCACCAUAGAUGUAACAAAGGUGACCCACUGGGCAGUCAUGCCUCCAGCCACCUCUGAACCUCAGGAGCCAAGAGAAGUCCGAGUUGUGAACCAGGAAGUCAGGCAUGGUAAAGUUGCUGCUCUGGUUAGAUGGAAGCCAGGCAAAAAGGGUGGCUGCUUCUUUAAGCUCUACUGGAUGGGUGAUGGGGAUAUUAAAGAUUCCUUUCAAGCAAGGGAUGUACCGGAAUGGCCUGAGUUUAAGUACGAGCUGGUAAACUUAAUGUUCGGUCGGAACUACAGUGUCCAAGUGCAUACGUUUGACAGAUUUUAUAAGGUCAACAGUAAGCCUGCCACAGUUCGCUUCCAAACCCUCAGCUGUCUUGACCAUACAAACCAUAGUUAUACUAUCUGCGAGCCUGAUCCAGUCCGCAACCUCUCCACAACUAUCGGCCACACAUUCAUGAACUCCAAAGGAAGAUGUUUUGUUAAUGUGACGUUGUCAUGGUUGCAGCCUCUGUACGUGUCCAGUUAUAAUACUAUCAAUAUGUUUGUGAUCACAUGGCACAAGAAACCACCCCUGCCUUACAGUGCACAGAUUGAAGCUCACCACGGGGAGACAAGACUUUCAGGGCAACAAACACACCUGGUACUACCUAAUCUUCACAUGGAUUCAGAAUACCUUUUAUCAGUAAAGGCUGUCAGCCAGGGCGGCAGAACAUCGGCCACAGUACUCCUGGUACUUGGAGCUCCCUACAAAGGCAUUAUGGGUAUGGCAGGAAGUAGCAAUAUAUCAAUAAACACACACCUGGUGAAGAGUGUGGACAAGAACGUCUACAUGCUCGCCCUCCUGCCCGCCUGCCUUGCCUGUGUGGCAGCACUCAUGUUCUUUAUCUACCAUAGACAUUUCAAGACGAACUUAACCAUGCAACAGACAAGAUGUUCAGCCAAACAGGAACUGAACCCGCUCUAUGGCAGUGUUGGGAGUGCAGGAAGCUUCCAGGAGGAACUGACAACAUUGAUAAGUGAUGGCUAUGAAAUUGACCUAGCACGAAUACACUUCAUUAAAACACUGGGUGAGGGAGCAUUUGGCAAAGUGAUGAAAGCUGAUUUGGAGUCACCUGACUAUAAGAGGGACUCUGUGAAGAGGACAGUUGCAGUGAAAAUGCUGAAAGAUCAUGCCACUGAAGAUGAGAGACGGAGCCUUCUCCUUGAAAUUGAGGUCAUGAAACAGUUUGGAAUGCAUCAGAAUGUUGUGAGCAUGAUUGGCUGCUGUACAACUGGCAGUCGUAUCUGUCUUGUAAUGGAUUUUUGCCUGCUUGGAGACUUACGGAAUUAUUUGAGAGACUACAGGGAAAAGCAUCUGAGUUGCAUGCCACUCCAUCAUGCAAUUCAGACAAGGAAACCCAAAGAACCAAGGCAGGUGAACUCUGACAGUGGGAUCAGUCAGCAUUCCAGUCAAGAUCAAGGUGAAUAUGGUGCUGACGGCUCGCAGGAGAGUCAUUCAACCUUUGCAUCCUCUAUCCCAUCAUGUGAUGAUAAAGUCAAUGCCGAAGUGUUUUUUGAAGAAGAGAACUUCAUUAACCAGACAACGCUGCUGUCAUAUGCACGUCAGGUUGCUCUUGGGAUGGAGUUUCUAUCACAGAAAAAAUUUGUACAUCGGGAUUUAGCCACUCGUAAUAUAUUAGUGUACAGUCACCGCCUGCUGAAGAUAUCAGAUUUUGGUUUGUCACGUGAUGUCUAUGAGACUAACAUCUACCAGCCCACUUCCGCCCGGAAACUCCCAUACAAAUGGAUGGCACUGGAGUCUAUAUUUGACCAUGUCUUCACAACAAAGAGUGAUGUGUGGUCUUUUGGAAUACUUUUGUGGGAAAUAGUAACACUUGGUGGUUGUCCAUAUCCUGGUAUCCCCAACAAGGAUCUGUUUCGGCUGCUAAAAGAUGGCUAUCGUAUGGAAAAACCAGAUAACUGCAGUCAUGAAGUCUAUCAGAUGAUGUUGUCAUGCUGGCACCCCAGGCCAGAAGACAGACCCUGUUUUGCUGAACUUCGGUACAAGAUGGAGACACUGUUAGAGGCCACCCGCUCCUACAUUGACCUCACAGUCAACGUAAGCCCUGACUACUACAUGCAGGACUCUAGUGAGGAGCAGGAGCCUAGUCAAUCACCAACCAAUCACUCUCCUGAACUGGUCACAUUGGACACAUCCUCAAGCAGAGGAAACAAGGAACAUAACUUGGAUGCCUAUAGACCUGCAAUGUCAGGAGACAGUGAAAGUGGAACUGAAUGUAGUUAUCAUUCUGAAGACGAUGUCAAAUGUGCUGAACUUGAAAGGACAUUAGAAUAUGAUCUUGACCCUGAGUCAGACUGGUCUACAGGCAAGACUAGUGUAGCUGUUCCAUUAGUGAAAACAUCUUCAUUGGGAAAUGGUAUGGUUAGCCUGCUGGGUAAGAUUGCACUGGGCAGGCAGGCUGUCCGACUGAAGACUUUCCCUGACCGGGACAUCCAAGAUUAGUGAAAGCAACAUUCCUGGAAUUGGUGAAGGAUUUCUGGCAGAAUAAAGGUGUCACUUUUGCUACAUA